AUGCACCUUUUCGCCUUCGCCCCGGAGAUCGUCGAUCUCAUAUUCGAGGAGUUCGCAUAUUCUCGCGAGUUGAAGCGAUUCAUGAGACUACGUCUCGUCAGCCGUCAGUUUAAAUAUUUUGUGGACGACACUAUCUUCCGCCUCCGUCUCCUCGAUACCAUCGAAAUGGAUGUUGAUUGGAAAACUUCAUCUUGUCGGUUCGAUCAGUGGCGCGCCUUUUUGGUUGAAUAUAUAGCUUAUCAGGCGUGGAUCGAACAAGAGCCCAAAUCGCUCCUCUAUCGCAUUCGACGUGCCGCGGUGGCUAUCUCUGAGCAGGUCGGCGACGUAGAGGAGACCGCUGUUAAGGCUCGUCUGAAAUCGCUGUCUCAUCUUGCUCUCGUCAAUGGAGGCUGGUCUACUGACACGGGUGAUCUGUUCUAUUCUGAAUUGUCACUGCCUCUUAAAUUUUCCGAUGAAGAGCUGGAGGCGGACUUUUUUGUUGCGGCCGUGUAUCUUGGUUACCGAUCACACGUCGAGAAGAUUAUUUCUCAGGGCUUCCGGCUAUUCGCUAAACAUGUGAUGGGAUAUAAUUCUAGUCGCGUCUUCGGCGCUGUCUUUGACGCGGCUUUUUUUAAGGGUGACGUGUCUAUAUUACGCGUUCUCCACUCCUCCGACCUGAACCUCGAUCUAAAUUCACGCUUAUAUCACUUAUUACAAGAAAUCGCUCUCAAGUGGGCUGCUAUUUAUGGUCACAAGGAGGUUUUUGACUUUGCACUCGACAGCAUGACCAUCGGUUUGGACGCGGGAGUGUGUGAAGAAUAUUACAGCCUAAGGAAAGCAGUGCUUUCAACGCGACAUCCAGAAAACUACAAGCGUGGUGUUUCCAUGUUCCAAAACAAUACAAGCCUACUGGCUCAAGUUACUAGAAAGGCGGGCGCGGGCCAUGUGGACAUGGUAAAAUAUUUACUCAAUCAAGUCCCCUGGCCCAACUUGAUCAAUGGGUCAAAAUCCGAUUAUAUACACAACCCCCUACUAGAAGCCGUGCAGGGCGGGAACCCAGAUAUUGUUAAGCUACUUCUCGACCAUGGGGCAGAUCCAAAUCCAAAAUUGUUGCUAGUUGCCGAUACAGCACUUAUGUUCGCAGCGCGAUUAUCAAGGCUUUCCAUGGCUAAGAUGCUUCUUGAGGCAGGGGCAAAUGUCAACGAGGGCUGCACUCCGCCAAUUAUCUUGGCCGUUUUAAAAGAGAACAUGGAUAUGUUCCGCCUAUUGCGCCAGUACGGAGCGAAGUUGAACACCCCGGAAACAGGAAAUUGGGCCAUGGCAGUGGCAGAGUUCUAUGAGUUGGAAUCUAUGGUGGAUGUACUUGUCCAGGAAGGCGUAGAAAGAGGCAUGAUCCUCCGUCGUUGCCCCGGGCGUACAGAGAUAUUUCACCAAUACCAAUACCUGUUUCCAUAUGGUGAGCAAUUCUGA